CGCCGCCCCCUGCUGGUCAACACGCAGCACAACACGGAAGUGUUUACAAUCCUGUGUAACCCGUUUGGACCGAACGACUUUAGCAUAUGUUUUCCUUGUAGCACAGGAUGCCGGUUGAAAGCCUGGAUGAGCGGACGGUGGAGGUUCUGGGUCUGCCUGCAGCCGUGGAUGAAGAGCUGCUCUUUCUCUACUUUGAGAAUAAGCGGCGCUCCGGUGGAGGUCAGCUCGUCUCCGUGGAGAAGACGGGAGACCGCGCUGUGCUGGUGUUUGAAGAAACGGAAGCUGCAGCCCAAGUCCUGUUUAAAGAGCACCAUGUUCUGCAUAAUGUGGAGCUGAGUGUGAGGAAGCCGGCCUCGAAGGACCGAUGUAGACUCCUUCUUCGGGGGAUCAAACCGAGCACAAGCAGUGAGAUGGUGGAGCUCUAUGUGGAGAUCAUGAUGGGGUUGAACAUGCCGGACUACACCCUUUAUCCUUCAGCUGGGAGAGAAUUCUUCCUCAUUCACCUCAGCCAACCCUUAUCAAAAGAUUUCCAAAACCUAAGUGCUAAGAUCUCUCAGAGGAAACUCGACGGGGCCGUCGUAACUCUUGAACAGAUUGAGCAAACGGACUCGCUCUUGGUGGAGAACCUGCAUCCUGGCACCACUGCAGAUCUGCUCACUUUGUACAUUGAGAGCAAGCGAGGAGGGGAUCAGAAAGUGAAGGAAGUGACGAUGCUUGCAGAGGGAACAGCCAAGGUGUCCUUUGUCAAAUAUGAGUCUUUAGACCAUAUCCUGGAUCUCACGCACAAACUGGACGGUAAUGACCUGGUCGUGAAGCCGUACUUCGACUUUCUUCAACCCGCAGAAAGUCUAACUCUAACACAAGACUCUGCAACUGGAGGCCGAGAAACGCCUGAGAGAAGCUUGGAGGAUAUUCCGAUGCAGAUCAGUCCUCCAGUGGUGGUCCAUGAAAACAGCCAGACUCUCUCUCAGAUGUCCUUAAAGCCUCUUGUCGUCCACGAAGAAGAAGAAGUAGAAGUUGCCGCAGAGGAAUUCAUGGAUCAAAUGGAGGAGGUUGAAUUAAUACUCUCAAGCCAUGUUGCUAUUGCUGACCCACUAAAACUCUCAGUGCUUCAACACAGCACCUUUCUAAAGGACACUAAAAAGGCACACCCGAAUUUCACCAUCCAAAUCAAAGACAACGGCGUGACCAUCGAAGGAACUGACAGACAAAAGGUUGAGCAGAUAAAACACGACAUCUUGGACUGUUUCGGCAAAAUGGCUGAGAUUGCUUUGAGUCUUGAGCCAGAAGAGGCUCAGUUCCUUGCAAGAAAAGAUGUCAAACAGCGACUACUGGAGACCGUAAAUCAACCUGCGUCACCUGCUUUGUACACGGUGUCAGAUUGUAAAGUCUCGGUAACCUCGCUAUCCCAAAACUCUGCUAACGAGGCUUGUAGCUUUUUAAAAUCCCAGCUUUCUCACUUCACCAUACCGGUGGACGCAGAGUUUGAGACCAUGUUAUAUUGCAGAGAGUGGUCAGAGUUCAUGCAGGCUCUGAGUUUCUGUUCUGUCAAGGUGUCCGAACGAGAAGGGAAUAUUGAUGCGUUCACUCUGAAAGGGAUGGAGAGUGAGAAGCAGAAUGCAAUUAUGGGGUUUCUCACAACACCCAUUGAAAGGGAGACUGUUAUCCCCAUGGAGCCAGGCAUGCUGAAAUACAUCCAGAUCCAUCGUCACCAGCUGAUGGCUGACAUGAACCAAGUGUCCAUCUUCCCCCUCGAAGCAGAGGACGUAUGUGGGUUAAAGAUCCAUGGCCAUGCCACCGCUUGUCAGAUGGCUGAGGAGGUGUUGCAGGACGUGGUGUCCUCUAUCUGCACCAGAGUCAUCACAGUGAACGCUCCGGGAGUGACGCGCUUUCUCGACGAGGCGGACUGCCAGCACAUCCUGAAGGAGAUGGACAAGAAGUUUCAGGUGUACAUCAAUCUGAAGGCCGUGCCCUGGCAACACCUCGCACACCAGGACAUCUUUGACACGGCAUGGAACAUGAUGUCCGGCAGAAACUUCCCCAAAGUGUCUUCAGAUAGUUCUCCUCAAGAAUUAAGAUCUGAUUCAAUGCAUGUGGAUCAAAAUGGAGCUCCAGGUCUUUUAGAAGCUGCAAAGAAAAUCGUCUCGGCCGUCGAUGCCAAACCUGAAGAUCCCGCCUCCAAUUCCAACAAUCCCGAUGAAAUGGACGACGUUGACUUGUACUCAGCAGCGGAACCAACCAGUCUGACGGACCAGGACUUGUCUGGGAUAGCUGCUGAUUCUUCCCAGCUCUCAGCUGUAGGGAACAAUCCCAGUGGGUUACUCCUGCAGAGUGAAGGAGCUGUGGGCCUGUCUAGCGACUUUGAAGAAGAUGCCCAACUAUCUCUAGCUAUCCAGUACUCCAUGGAGACAAGCCAUUAUUCGCUGGAGGAUGAGGAGGAACAGCUGCAAAAGGCAUUGGAGCUAUCCAAGGAAAUGAGCCAACAUGAAUCCUCUCCAAGCUGUUCUGAGAAGAGUCCCGCAGUGAAGAAGAGCUUCGAUGCUCCCCUGCUGGAUGCCAUCAAAGCAGCCAACACCCUACAGCUGUUUGUGUUUGCAGGGUAUCCCGCUGACCUCAUUCGGGUCGAUAUAGCUUUUGGGAAGAAGGUCACCGGGAGACAAGUCGAGGAGAAACUGGAGCACAGGUGUGUGAGGAACAUGUCCGACUACCACAGGAUAUGUCUGGAUAUGAUCAAAAGGAAGCAUGCGGUCGAGAUACAAAUCCAGGGCAGUAUAAUCACCGUUUCUGGCUUCAGGGAAUAUGUGGCUGGUGGAUUGUGUGAUGUGAAGCUGCUGCUGGAGAAGAUCUCCACUUCUGUAUCUGAACGGGAGAUCCUGAGGAGCGUCCAGUGGGUUUAUCACGACCCGGUCUCUUCUGACACGACUCCUUACUCACCCGAUGCCACUGUGUUCAUCGAGACGGCCUUGAGGAUGAGGAUGCAGAAAGUGGACAUCCUGCUAGACAAUCAGCCCCACACCAUCAACUUUGAGAAGAUGCAAGAGAACAACAUAGCUUCAGGGAAAUCUGUGAAGGUCUCCAGGAAGAUGCCCGCUUCAGGGGCUUUGGAUGAGGAUAUACCAGAAGAGGAAUACUCUCUGCUGUCAAACCUACCUGAAGUUUCCAAAGUCGACGAGGAGUCGGACGAAUUUCAGAACGUGGUGAAGAACUUCUAUGAGACCAUUAAGGAGUUUCACAGCAAAAUCAGAAUCAUAAAGGUGGAGAAGCUCAUGAAUCGACUGCUGUACAACCAGUACAAGUUGAAAAAGGCAAGCGUCCUGCAGCGCGCCACGUAUCCCGUGAUCGAACAAACGCUCUAUCACGGCACGAGUGAGAACAGCGUGAAGGAGAUCUGCGUGCACGGAUUCAACAGAAGCUUUUGUGGGAAGAACGCCACAGUCUACGGUCAGGGGGUUUACUUUGCCGUCAACUCUGCGCUGUCGGUCCAGGAGCAGUAUUCGCCCCCAAAUGCUGACGGACACAAGUAUAUCUUUGUGUCAAAAGUUCUGACGGGUGACUACACUAAAGGCUGCCAUUCGAUGAAGACCGCCCCUCUGAAGGAGACCGAAGGUAUUCCCCUCCGAUACGACAGCGUGACCGACGACAUCACCAAGCCGGGGAUGUUCAUCAUCUUCAACGACACGCAGGCGUUUCCCGAAUAUCUCAUUACAUGCCAGAGAAUCACCCGCUGAGGCUGUCGGAAAGUGACAAAAAAUGUUUCAGUCUUAAUUAAAAACGUGCAUUUGAUUUAUAAGGGGCUCAUUUUUAGUUCAGUGUGCAGUAUUUUUUCUCAUGAUUUGAUGAAUUCUCCUUCUUACUGUUUGAUCCGUUGCUUGUGUUACAUUCUUUUUUUCAAUUUAGUCUGAUGAAGAGAAACUCAAACACCUGGACCUAAAAACAUGAAUUCUAAUUGAAUAUCUUUCAUCGUGCACACAAAAAGGCGAAUUGUGCGCUGUCUUUAAAUAAGUGUGUUUUAGCAGUUAUUGUAUGUGGUAGUUAAAAUCUCCAAUUAUUGUAUGUGCUUCAAGAGGCCCUAUUAUGACUUUUUGGGGUUUUCCAUUUCCGGUUGUGUGUACUAUAGGUUUUUGUGCAACGACUAAAAUCCCUGUGUUUCUCUCUCACACACACACACACACACACUCACACACACACACACACACACACACACUCACACACACACACACUUGAUAUAAUAUAAUCCAUCUCUAUUUGUCUUUUCGGGUUCAGGGGUUUGAGCUAAAUAUACACUUUGUCAAGGUUUUUUUGUCCAUAUAUGAAGAUUGUCAAGAUGUAAGCUCACAAAUGUGGUUAAAGUAACUACUUGAUAUAAAGAAAAUCACUCCUCUACUUUAAUUAAAAUGAUUACUCCAUUUACAAAAAUAAAAAUGAUGCCUAUAUCUACAAUUCUUACCAUCAUAAAGGAAACAUUCUGAUUGUCUUUUUAAGUUUUAAGCUCAUCACAUCUACUGUGUGAUCGAAAUUCUUGUGUUUUCUUAUUUUAGCUAAACAAAAGAACCUGCAAGUUAAGAUUUGGUGUCAUGCAGCAAAGGGGAAUAAGCAUUUAAGUGCCUCUUUGGGAGGCUAUUUAAAAAAAUGAAGUAGAUCUCUGAACACAUCUGUGGGUUUCUUAUGUCUGUGAGUUCAGCCGGGGAAUCUGUUUACCAAAGAUCUCUUUAAUUAUGAUUUGUUAUAUGUUAUUCAAAAAUGUUUUGCUUUUUUGUUGUAAACAUGAAGACAUUGCAGUUUAAUGAAAUAUCAUUAUUAUUUUUAAGAAAAAUAAAACGUCUUCAAAUGAGGUACAA